GAAAGUUCGCUUUUUCGCAACGGGUUUGCCGCCAGAACAGAGGUGUCGUGAAAACUACCCCUAAAAGCCAAAAUGGGAAAGGAAAAGACUCAUAUCAACAUUGUCGUCAUUGGACACGUAGAUUCGGGCAAGUCCACCACUACUGGCCAUCUGAUCUACAAAUGCGGUGGCAUCGACAAAAGAACCAUUGAAAAAUUUGAGAAGGAGGCUGCUGAGAUGGGAAAGGGCUCCUUCAAGUAUGCCUGGGUCUUGGAUAAACUGAAAGCUGAGCGGGAACGUGGUAUCACCAUUGAUAUCUCCUUGUGGAAAUUUGAGACCAGCAAGUAUUAUGUGACUAUCAUUGAUGCCCCAGGACACAGAGACUUCAUCAAAAACAUGAUUACAGGGACAUCUCAGGCUGACUGUGCUGUCCUAAUUGUUGCUGCUGGUGUUGGUGAAUUUGAAGCUGGUAUCUCCAAGAAUGGGCAGACCCGAGAGCAUGCUCUUCUGGCUUACACACUGGGUGUGAAACAACUAAUUGUUGGUGUUAACAAAAUGGAUUCCACUGAGCCACCCUACAGCCAGAAGAGAUACGAGGAAAUUGUUAAGGAAGUCAGCACUUACAUUAAGAAAAUUGGCUACAACCCCGACACAGUAGCAUUUGUGCCAAUUUCUGGUUGGAAUGGUGACAACAUGCUGGAGCCAAGUGCUAACAUGCCUUGGUUCAAGGGAUGGAAGGUCACCCGUAAGGAUGGCAAUGCCAGUGGAACCACGCUGCUUGAGGCUCUGGACUGCAUCCUACCACCAACUCGUCCAACUGACAAGCCCUUGCGCCUGCCUCUCCAGGAUGUCUACAAAAUUGGUGGUAUUGGUACUGUUCCUGUUGGCCGAGUGGAGACUGGUGUUCUCAAACCCGGUAUGGUGGUCACCUUUGCUCCAGUCAACGUAACGACUGAAGUAAAAUCUGUCGAAAUGCACCAUGAAGCUUUGAGUGAAGCUCUUCCUGGGGACAACGUGGGCUUUAAUGUCAAGAAUGUGUCUGUCAAGGAUGUUCGUCGUGGCAACGUUGCUGGUGACAGCAAAAACGACCCACCAAUGGAAGCAGCUGGCUUCACUGCUCAGGUGAUUAUCCUGAACCAUCCAGGCCAAAUAAGUGCUGGCUAUGCCCCUGUGUUGGAUUGCCACACGGCUCACAUUGCAUGCAAGUUUGCUGAGCUGAAGGAAAAGAUUGAUCGCCGUUCUGGUAAAAAACUGGAAGAUGGCCCUAAAUUCUUGAAGUCUGGUGAUGCUGCCAUUGUUGAUAUGGUUCCUGGCAAGCCUAUGUGUGUUGAGAGCUUCUCAGACUAUCCACCUUUGGGUCGCUUUGCUGUUCGUGAUAUGAGGCAGACAGUUGCGGUGGGUGUCAUCAAAGCAGUGGACAAGAAGGCUGCUGGAGCUGGCAAGGUCACCAAGUCUGCCCAGAAAGCUCAGAAGGCUAAAUGAAUAUUAUCCCUAAUACCUGCCACCCCACUCUUAAUCAGUGGUGGAAGAACGGUCUCAGAACUGUUUGUUUCAAUUGGCCAUUUAAGUUUAGUAGUAAAAGACUGGUUAAUGAUAACAAUGCAUCGUAAAACCUUCAGAAGGAAAGGAGAAUGUUUUGUGGACCACUUUGGUUUUCUUUUUUGCGUGUGGCAGUUUUAAGUUAUUAGUUUUUAAAAUCAGUACUUUUUAAUGGAAACAACUUGACCAAAAAUUUGUCACAGAAUUUUGAGACCCAUUAAAAAAGUUUAAUGAGAAAAAAAAAAAAAAA